AUGUCACUAGGCUUGUCAAGACUCAGUCACUUUGAAUUUGAGGUCGAUCUUCUAUAUUUUUUCAGUGGAUUUCUGAGAGUACAACUCAUGAAAAUAAAAUUAUGGUUGGUAAUUGUGGGAGGGAGUUUCAGUUAUUCCCUCAUCAUUUUGCAUUCAGCGUUGGAUGCUUCAGCCAGAACUGGGUAUGUUGGACUCCAUGUCAAUGAUGACGUAGUCAUUGAAAUUUUUUCACACUCUCAAGGAACAAGCCGCAAUUUUUCACAAGUUGUUUCACCUCAAACUAUUCCCAUUGUCGGUAAUUCCCUCGUCAUGCCGCAAGACGUUGUUGUCUCUGAAGGAGAUGAGGAUUCAGGAUUCACUCAAGGCAAAAAUGUCAGUAAAAAAAGUAUAAUGGCACGAUUCAUGGAAUGUAUAGAGGUGCUUGAGAAGGAGAAUGAGACCCUUAUCAGCACAAUUUCAAAGCAUGUAGAUGGAUACCUUAAAGCUAAUGUGGUCAAGAAGAUUCCAACGGUGGAACUCCAUGCUGACAUCAACUUGGUGGUUGAUGCAUUGCCUGCUGGAAUCAUCAACGACCUUCACGAAGCCGUGUCGCUGAUAGUGGCUGAAGGGUUUGAGGAGGAUUGUUGCAGAGCAUACUAUACUUGCCGAAGGGAGUUUCUGAAAAAGUGUUUAUGGACUUUUUGGUUGCAAACGCAAGAGCUUUGCAUGGAGGACAUUGAUGAGAUGGAGAAGAUUCAGAGUUGGUUAACAAAGGUUUUGUAUGUAGUUGAUAGUGUACUCCUUCCCAAUGAAAGGACACUCUGUGAUCGCGUCUUUAAAGGAGUCUCUUCCGCUGGGGAUUAUGCUUUCACUGUGGUUUGUAGAGAAUUGAAUAUUUGUUUGAUUCGCAUUGCCAAUCACUUGGCAACUAUUCUGGAGGAUAAUAAAUCUAGGCAAGUAUUAGAAGAAUACACCAUGUUUGAUAAGGAGGAAAAGCUUUCACUGUCUGGGAAUGUGGCCAGGAUAAUAGCAACAGCCCUGAUAGACAGAAUUUUGGAAGUGGAGUCCAAAAAUUACCAUAAUCCUUCUCUAGGAUAUGUUUUCAUCAUGAACAAUUUGAGUUUCAUAGAACUGGAAGCAGAAUUCUAUGGGUUGGUUCCUAUUUUCAGUCAUGAUUGGCUCCGGAAAAUCGAAACAAAAUUCCAGCAAAACCUUGAACUUUAUAUGAGAAGCUCGUGGAAUAAGAUUGUGGACUUUCUGAAGUUUGAUAUCUGUGAAUCAGAGACAAGUGUUGCGGUUGGGUUACUGAAAGACAGGAUAAAUUCGUUCAAUGAACACUUUGACGAUAUAUGCAAUGUUCAGUCUACUUGGUUUGUGUUUGAUGAAGAGUUAAGAAAACAUAUUGUAAAAUCCAUAGAAAACAUGUUGUUGCCAGCAUAUGGAAAUUUCAUUGGAAGGUUGCAGAAUUUUCUUGGCAAACACAGUUAUAAUUAUAUUAAGUAUGGAAUGUUUGACGUCCUAGAUCGAGUCGGCAAUCUGUUUGUUGUGACGAAGAAUAAGAAUCUGUAUCUGAAACACAAGUGGAAGAGACCCAAGCGCUUGCGUUGA